CCCCGAGUAGACCACCACCUGCUCCGCUUUCAGGGACGGCUAUGGAAGCAGAUUGCAAAGUACCCACCCAGCUAUCUCAAACUCGGCUACAUGGCGCGUAGCAAGGCCAUUUUUGCAGAGGCCAUGGUGCACGUAGUUGGCCAGUGGCCCCAGGGCAUCAACCAGCUGCGCGGCCAGAUUGCCGAGCCCGUCAUUGAGCUGAUUGAGGACAAGGUGGACGAAAUGGACGAGCUCAAAGCUAAAAUAGAGGUCAAGCUCUUCCGCCUUUCGCUCACAACAAGUCGCGGAGAGCGCGUCAGCCCCUCGAGCAACUGGCUGGACUGGAUAGCAGUUUCGCUGUUCCGACAAUGGCUUGCGGAAAACACGACACCGCCACCAGCCCCAAUUCUCAAGUCCCCACGGCCCCCAGGCGCACGAGGAGAAAACGCACCGCUACCUCCUCCGCCCGUUUUUAACACAGGCCGCAUCUUCCGCCUCCUCGGCCAAGCAGGUUCCACGUACCUAAACCACGACGAAUGCAAGCGCUUCCUGCGUCUCAACCCAGAACACUACAAUCGCGACAAUCUCAAGCGCCUCGAGCGCCGCAUCGACGAGAUCAAGAAUAAGGCAAAAGAUGUCGUCAAGCCUCUCAUGCGCAACUUUCUCGAACUCGAUCUGCGCGAGGGUGGCCUGCCUUAUCUCACUUGCACCCGAAUCGAUCCUCAUGAUUUCCCGUGGGAUGAGAUAUAG